AUGAAGUUCCUGUCAACUCUUGCGCUGAGCGCAACCGCCUCGACUGCCCUGGCUGCGGUCAUCCCACAAGAACCGCUUGGGCCGUCAAUUGUCCAGAAUACCCAGGAGCCCAAAUGGCUGAUUGAGUUGGCCCCGUACACUACGCGAUGGGUGACUGAGGAAGAGAAAUGGGCGUUGAAGUUGGACGGUGUGAACUUCAUUGAUGUUACAACCGAAUUCCAGUCGGGUUCUUAUGGCACUCUUCAUUCCCAGCGCAUCGUCAAAUACCCUGGACAGAUGCAGCACUCGGAGGCUGUGGUUCCAUUGACCGAGGGACUUUCAAAAAGCAACAUGAAAAAGAACUUGGAGCACUUUACCUCCUUCCACACCCGCUACUACAAGUCUUCGACCGGUAUUCAGUCUGCCGAAUGGCUAUUGAGCCAGGUAUCUGAUGUGUUACAAGACUCGGGCGCGGCCAAAUACGGUGCGACUGUAGAGCGUUUCGACCACCCGUGGGGUCAGUUCAGUAUCAUCGCCCGAAUUCCUGGACAAACCAACAACACCGUGGUACUCGGCGCCCAUCAGGACAGCAUCAACUUGUUCCUCCCAUCCAUCCUGGCUGCUCCAGGCGCCGAUGACGAUGGCAGUGGAACUGUUACUAUCCUCGAAUCCCUUCGCGCUCUGCUGCAGUCAGAGGCCGUUUCGCACGGCGAGGCGCAAAAUACCCUUGAAUUCCAUUGGUACUCUGCGGAAGAGGGCGGUCUUCUAGGCUCCCAGGCUGUUUUUGGCAAAUACAAGAAAAACUUCCGUGAAAUUAAGGCUAUGCUUCAGCAGGAUAUGACUGGUUAUGCCCAGGGUACCCUGGAUGCCGGCCAGGAAGAGUCGGUCGGCGUUAUCGUCGACUAUGUGGAUCAAGGUCUCACCAAAUUCAUUAAGGAAGUUAUCACAACUUACUGUGAUAUCCCUUACGUCGAGACUAAGUGCGGCUAUGCCUGUUCUGAUCACGCCUCGGCUAGCCGAUUUGGAUACCCCUCAGCAUUUGUGAUUGAGUCUGCUUUUGAGAAUUCGGACAAGAAGAUUCACUCGACUGAUGACUUGAUCAAAUACUUGAGCUUUGACCACAUGCUGCAGCACGCAAAGAUGAGCUUGGCUUUUGCAUACGAGCUAGCAUUCGCGCCAUUUUAA